CCUUGCUAUAUAUUCUGAACCCCAACAAACUUCAGCUCAUCACAACCAACUUUGACAUAUCAAACUAGUAACCCCCUCACUUUCCUCUUUAUAAACCAUGGCAGCUGCUACUAUGGCUCUUUCUUCCCCUUCUUUUGCCGGACAGGCAGUGAAGCUCUCACCAUCUGACUCAGAAAUCUCUGGAAAUGGAAGGAUCUCCAUGAGAAAGACUGCCUCCAAGCCAGCCGCAUCUAGCAGCCCAUGGUAUGGUCCAGACCGUGUUAAGUACUUGGGCCCAUUCUCUGGUGAGCCCCCAAGCUACUUGACUGGUGAAUUCCCUGGUGACUAUGGGUGGGAUACCGCUGGACUUUCAGCAGACCCUGAAACCUUUGCCAAGAACCGGGAACUCGAGGUGAUCCACUGCAGAUGGGCUAUGCUUGGUGCUCUUGGAUGUGUUUUCCCCGAGCUCUUGGCCCGUAACGGUGUCAAGUUUGGUGAGGCUGUGUGGUUCAAGGCUGGAUCCCAAAUCUUCAGCGAGGGUGGACUUGACUACUUGGGCAACCCAAGCUUGGUUCAUGCACAGAGCAUCUUGGCCAUCUGGGCUUGUCAAGUUGUCUUGAUGGGAGCCGUUGAGGGAUACCGUAUUGCUGGUGGGCCUCUUGGUGAAGUCGUCGACCCACUCUACCCCGGUGGCAGCUUCGACCCAUUAGGUCUUGCUGAUGAUCCAGAGGCAUUUGCUGAGCUCAAGGUAAAGGAGAUUAAGAACGGUAGACUUGCUAUGUUCUCUAUGUUUGGAUUCUUUGUUCAGGCCAUUGUUACCGGAAAGGGUCCAUUGGAAAACCUCGCUGACCACCUUGCAGAUCCAGUUAACAACAACGCAUGGGCCUACGCCACAAACUUUGUUCCUGGAAAAUGAAUAUAGUAAAACAAUCUUAAAAUUUCAUUGUUUGAUGGUCUUGUAAAGUUGUUAUGAGCAGUUACUUGACAAUAGAAUGGAUUUUUGUCUCA